CUUUCUUUCCCUUCUUUCUGUCUUUCUACUCUUCACUUUCGCCUUUCGACUCCUAGUUCUUCGCCUCCUCACUCACCGAUACCUCACACAACACCUGGAUACAACAUGAGAUUGGUCAUUCGCAAGGACUAUGAUGAGGUCUCCUACCACGUCGCCAAGUAUGUAAAGGAGCGUGUCAAUGAGUUUGCACCCUCUGCCAACAGACCAUUCGUCCUCGGCCUCCCCACAGGUUCAUCUCCAGUAGGCGUGUAUCGCAACCUAGUCAAGUUUUACCAGGACGGCGAGCUUUCCUUUCGUCACAUCGUCACCUUCAACAUGGAUGAAUACGUUGGAUUGCCAAGGGAUCAUCCUCAGUCCUAUCAUACCUUCAUGUGGAACCACCUCUUCAAGUACGUCGACAUCCUUCCCGAGAACGUGAAUAUCCUUGACGGCAACGCCCUAGAUCUGGAUCUCGAAUGCCAACGAUACGAAGAAAAGAUCUUUGCUUUCGGAGGCAUCGAACUCUUCUUGGGCGGUAUCGGACCCGACGGCCAUAUUGCCUUCAAUGAACCCGGCUCGUCUCUCAACUCACGAACCCGUGUCAAGACCCUGGCUUAUGAUACUAUCGUCGCCAACGCCCGGUUCUUUGAUAACGAUAUUACAAAGGUUCCCAAUUUGGCCUUAACUGUUGGCGUUGGAACGGUCGUAGAUGCCCGCGAGGUUUGCAUUAUCAUCACAGGCGCACACAAGGCACUGGCACUUGCCAAGUGUAUUGAAGAAGGAAUGAAUCACAUGUGGACGGUCUCAGCCAUCCAAAUACAUCCACGCGGCAUGAUCGUGUGCGACGAGGAUGCGACACUGGAAUUGCACGUCAAGACCGUUAAUUACUUCAAGUCGAUCGAAAAGGUGCACGAGGAACUGAUCGGUUCAGGCAACGUAGGUUUACAGGGUGGGGUUAGAUCCUGGCCCGGAGCUCUUCGGUCGGCCUAUCAUGCAUGAGAAAACGCGUGCAAAGAGCUGAAAAUCAAGGAACAAAGAGGAAAAAGACCUGAGGGUAUCGACAGAACAAAGAACAAUUGAGAUGUGAAGUCUGACCUUUCCAACACGCGAUCUUUUUAAAACGCUUGGUCAUUUUACCUCCGCAGGAGCUGUCAUUGUACAUAGUCUAGUCUUUCAGCACCACUUAUUCGUCAAAGCCAACGAUAAAUGAACAGUUUAUAACGCGGUUUCCUUCUUUCCUUUUUAUUUUCUUCUCUCCACCGUUUUCUUUCUAUAGAUCGCAAACUACGAAUAGACUAGAGACUAGAGUUAUCAGCGAACGUACUCAGAAAUAUACCAGGAUGUCUGUGAA